AACUUUUUUGAUAGUAGCAAAGUUAACAUCAUAAACCAAGUAACAUCAGAGCAUGUCUCAGACAAUCUACAAACCUGUAAAUUUCCUUGGUGCUUUGGAUGUAGGGACUUCCAGCGUGCGUUUUAUGGUUUUUCAGUCCAAUACUUCAAAUUGUGUAGCUUCAGCUCAACUUGAAAAUCCCUUACUUUUUCCAAAACCUGGCUGGGUAGAGCAAGAACCUAUGGGCUUCUUAUCUAGGAUAGAUCUUUGCAUUCAAAAGACAAUUAGGGACUUUCUGAAAAAAGGAUACCAACUCUCACAAAUUAAAGGCGUUGGGUUAUCUACCCAGCGAGAAACUGUUGUAGUAUGGGACAAUCAAACCGGUCUUCCUCUCUAUAACGCUGUGGUUUGGGGCGAUAAUAGGACACAAUCUCUCGUUGAUAAAUAUAAGAAAAAACUUACUGUUUGUGAUUUCAACGAUUUUAACUUCGAGUGCGGUUUGCCCAUUUCCACCUAUUUCAGCGCUUUAAAAAUACGCUGGAUUUUUGACAACGUUUCUGGUCUUGAAGAAAAAAUCAAAGAAGGUUUUGUGAGCUGCGGAACUCUUGAUAGCUGGCUUCUGUACAAAUACUCCGGAAACCAUGUAACGGACGUUUCGAAUGCUUCGCGCACGAUGCUUAUGAAUCUGCACACUUGUCGUUGGAGCAGCCGUCUUCUGUCUUUCUUCGGAAUUCCUGUUGCAACUUUACCCGAAAUUAGAUCCUCUUCGGAAGUUUAUGGCUAUUUUCAACAUGGCGUUCUUAAGGGGAUCCCCUUUGCCUCCUGUUUGGGCGACCAGUCCGCUUCGCUGCUAGGCCAAGGCUGUCGAGAGGCUGGGCAGUGUGGGGCUACUUUUGGUACGGGAUGUUUCCUUUUACAGAAUACAGGACUUUCUCCUAACUAUUCUCGCACCGGGUUGUUGACCACUGUCGCUUAUAAACUCGGAAAGAGUCAAUCCGUUGUCUAUGCACUAGAGGGUUACAUCCCAACAGCUGGUGCGGCCAUCCGUUGGCUCCGCGACGACCUGGGUAUUGUUAACGAUCUCGAGGAAGUGGAAGAACUUGCUACAAAAGUGGACGAUUCCGGAGGUGUAUGUUUCGUGCCCGCCUUCAGUGGCCUCCAUGCGCCCUAUUGGAAGGCAGACACUCGCGGGGUUAUUGCUGGCCUGACGCAGCACUCCCACGAAGGUCCCAUUGUUCGCGCCUGUUUGGAGGCCAUCUGCUUGCAAACACGUGACACCAUCGCGGCCAUCUCUCAAGACUCAGAAAAGCCAGUCGCUACGUUGGUAGUCACUGGCGGAUUGUGCGCCAUAUCCAUAUUUGCGCAGACUUUGGCGGAUAUUUUGCAGUGCAAGGGAUUGUUGCCGUCUAUGAGAGAAAGCAGUGCUCUCGGAGCUGCUGCUGCUGCCGGCUUUUGCUUGGGUCUGUGGAACUUUGAAGAUAUCCACCGCGUUGAUUAUUGCGAAGGCAAUACUUUUCAACCAAGCAAAAAGUGUGAUUACGUGGAGAAGCUUUGCGCCACGUGGCAAAAGGGCAUUUCUUGCUCCUCUGGAUGGGCCAGCAAGAAUCCUUGAUACUCGAUUCCGAAGAAUCUAUUCAAUAAAAAUAAAAUUUGAUCACGACCUUAACCGCUUCUCAAACCAAUAAAAGCGCUGUAUAUUGUCAUGUAAAUAAAAAGGCUAUACACUUUCUAGUUCUAAAGACGUAACGGCGUCUAACAGGCUUUUGGGCCGUACUUUUCUCGCUUCCAAAAUCUCUAAAUAUUUUUCUUUGCUUCGCUCAUUCGAUAAGCUUGUAAGCAUCGAAGCCUCGAGAGCAGGCG